AUGAACACUGCCGUGGCGGUACCGGGGUUCGCGGACUCCUUCUGGACGCCCGACUAUGCCUCUGGGAUUCAUACUCUGUUCACAAAACUCCACCAGGGCAUCGUAGAGAACCAGCAGAUUCUCACGAUGGCUCAGAUGCGUGCCGAAGCAGAGCGUGUAUACGCCGCACAGCUAGGUGCGAUUGUUCCAGCUAUUGAUCGCAAGACCGGUGGUUUCGAUCGUGAUGAUGGCGCCAGUGUCCGCAAGGCGUUUGAAUGUAUGCGGAAGCAGAUGGUUGAGGAACAAGCCAUUCACCAGAAAAUUUCAAGCAGCAUUCAGCAGCUCGUCAUCCAAGAAUUCAGUCGCUGGGCAGGCGAGCAUGAAGCCCGAGUGGUUACCUGCGAAAAGGCGCUCAAUUCACGACUGAGGGAAUACGCCAAACAAUGUGACGAAGUGAGCAGUUUGAAUGAGAAAUAUCUCAGCAAGUGUCGCCAGAUACACGACCGGGAACAACAGGAGCUUUUCGCCUUCCAGGAACCCGAAAGUGCCACUGCCAGCCCGAAGCAUAAACAGGCACUGAAAGCGCCCACCAUCGUCCUGCCUGAUCCACUCGAUGAAGACCCGGAGCCGGUAGAAUUGGGCGACCUUGUUUACUCGCCAGAGCAGUUGAAGCAGGUGCUGAAGCACAUGCUAGAAACUAUACCAAUGGGAGAGGUGAAGGUUCGCUUACUUGGGACAUAUCUAAAUACGUCGCUUGGAUCGGACAUCGUUGAAUACCUGCAGAAACACCUAGGUGCCUCCUCCCUUAGCUACGCUGAACGAAUUGGCCAGGAUAUGGCCGAUAAUGGUUUUAUUACUUCGAUCGGUGCUAUGGGACCCAACCCGCUCAUUAAUACCACAUUUACCGGUAGUUCUAGGUCUACGUACCAGUGGGACAAGCGUGUUUUCCAGAUGACCGGAGUACCUGAGAAGAAGAAGCCACUCACCCGCUCCGGGACCACACUGAGCCGCACCAGCACCGGGACAGGAAGCGAUGAUACCCCAGUUGACUCGCCUACCUUGACGGAGCGUUUUGCUGCUUGGAACCCGCUCCGAAACCAGCUUACUGACGAGACUCCCAUGGAAAUACUCAAACGCCAGGCAGAUGAGGCCAACGAACGUUACAAACAUGCUGUCAGACACCUAGAUGCUAUCCGUUGUAAACUCGAAGAGGAAAUGUUCCACACUAUGAAAUUUAUGCAACAGUGUGAACUACACCGCCUUGAAGGUAUCAAAACAGUCGUUAUCGACUUUUCGAGUACGAUCAGCAAUGUCAUUCCAUCUCUACAGAGUACUAUGGAUAGAAUCGUCCUUCAUCAUGAGGCGAUGCAGCCACAAGGCGACCUUCGCUAUAUGCUGGAGAACUACCGUACUGGGUCGUUUUGUCCAAAAGUGGCCGUUUACGAAAGCGGUUCAAAAUCUACAGAGGAACAAACUUUUGGCGUUGAUUUAGAAACGUUGACUGCGGCAGAGGGCAAAAAGCGAGUUCCGGUCCUGGUUACCGGUAUCUUGACAUACCUCGAUAGACAUUACCUUGACCUAGAAGGAGACGAUGCUCGACGAGCAAUCUGGCUCCGAGACGUUCCCCUGGUCGAAACUCAUAAACUACGUGCUAAACUUAAUAGAGGUCGCUCAGGACCAGUGGCGAAGGUUGACGAUGAGGUCGAAGCUAUUGAUGAAAAGUUGCAAGAAUUUGAAAUGCCCGUUGUUGCGAGCGUCUUGAGGCUCUACCUCUUGGAACUCCCAGAUUCAAUCGUUUCAUCUAAGUUGUACGAAAUUUUCCGCACAAUCUACACUACGACACGCGAUACCUCUGAUGAAAAUCGUAUCAGAGUACUUCAAAGCACACUGGGUCAACUCCCUCUCCCCUAUAUUGCUACUCUAGACGCCAUCACCACUCACUUCUGGCGACUUGUCGAUCUUACCAUUCCUGAGCAAGACCAGUUUUCUACUCGUGAGGAGAUCUACAUUUCCGCUCUCGCAUCGACACUGGCCCCAUGUAUCCUCCGCCCGCGCGUUCAAAAUCACUUGUCUAUGGAUGAAAAACACAGCCAUCGUCUUGUCCGCGACCUGAUUGUGAACCAGAAACAGAUAUUUGGGGAGCUUAGACGUCUAUCUAGCAAGUCGAGUAGCGCUGCCGCGAGACCUCGUGCCAUCAGUACUGAUGAAAGCAAUCGACGAGCAAACAUGGAAGAAAGGAACCGUGCUAUUGCUAGCAGGGCUAGAGCCACGAGUCCAGCUCCAUCCCCUCGCCAUCGCAGGGACCGAUCCGUUGGAAGCUCCGGAAGCACUAGAUUCCCAGUCAGUGUUUCUGGGGCCACUACUACCUCUGAACGCAAACCAGUCCGCCAAUCCCUUGAGGUUCCUGAUCCAGCACCAGCUCCGAUAGAUACUACGAACAACCAUACCAAUGGCUCAAGCGAGGACACUUCCGCGGCAGCUGAAGACACAAGCACUUCUGCCGAUGUUCCAUCUACCGAUCGGGUACCAACGCCGCCAUCCGCCACAGUUACAAGCCCCGCCUCCGCAGUGCCAUCCUCUGUCACUAAUGAAGUUAAGAAAACAGGCUCCCUCUCUCGCUCUAGCCGAUACAGCCAUAUCACCGGCAUAAAGCGAGAUGAAGCAGAUAACGCUGGAUCGGAUGUUCCUCCAAAACCUGUGGGUGUUACACUAGAGGACAAGCCAAUUGAUGAUUAG